UUAACAAAAAUUAAGAAAAUGGUGGUAAUUCUAUUGUAACCUUACCAUUUUAAGCUUAAAUCGUGGUAGAAUUCUGUAUUGUUUCACUUGUGCAUAUUAAUUACCUUAGUGGCUUCUUAGCGGAUUCUUAGCUUUCUACCUAACUUUCCUUCUUGCCCUUUUUUCAUCUUCUUUCCAUCCUUUUUUUAGCUUUCUCUUCCCUCCUUCUAUUUUUUGUUUUUUACUUAAAUACUACCAGGCCCUCCAUUUUCCACUCUGCCUAUUUCCCCCCUUUCCUUUCUCCAUACUUUUGCGCUAUUGCUGUCUGUCUUGCUUUAAAAAUCUAUCCCACUGCCCACCAUUUUCCUUUUGUCUAUUCUCACCACCCACCCAUUGUGCUUUACCACCACCCAAAAUGGAGACUUAUCAUGGAAUGAUUUCUUCCACAAACGAUGCAAUCCUUCUAAUGGAAGCAACAAGGUUGUCCAUCUUGCCCAAGAUUACACGACGUUUAACUGAACAUGAAAGAAAAUCAAUCAAAUCUGGCUCCAUCUACAUCUGGGACGAAGAGGAAGCUGGCAUGAGACGUUGGACUGACGGAAGAUCUUGGUCUGCCUCAAGAGUCUCUGGCUGUUUCUUAAAUUACAAAGAAAUGGAGAGUAAUCUCACCUCAAAAAGCAACCCCCAGAACAACUCACACAGUCACUUGAGUAAUCUUAAUGGCCUUCAUAAUUUCAACAAUUUCAACAACUUCAAUAACAACAACAACUCUGCUUUUCAAUCUAACAUGCCCAUGUAUUCCUAUAAAAUUGAUGGCUUAAUUAAGCAAAGCUUUUCGUUAAACACAAAAGCUGGAAAAAAAUUGCAUUUAAUCGCCUAUUUGAAUAACAACAUUGAUAUCAAUAAUCACAACCUAAUGAUCCCAACAAAAGACCCAAAAUUACAAUCUAUUAAAAUCCCUGAUGAUAUUUAUCCCGAAGAAUACACAAAUCCUGAUUCCGAUAACAUCAACGACAUUUCUGAAUUUACUUCAGACAAUAACAAUAAUAAUACAAACUCAAAUACUAUCACUGAUGCAAACAAAAAUAUCAAUACAAAUAAUGAAGGUAAUGAUAAUGGUAAUGAUAGUGACAAUCAAAAUCAAAAUCAAAGAAAAACAGAAUCCAACAAUAACAAAACUCACUCUGAAGUAAAAUCAGAACUCAAGUCUGAAAAUCAAAUCUCAACAAUAAAUAAAAAUGUAUCUUCAAAUCUUUCUAAUUCUUCAAAAAGCUCUCCAAACAAUAACCAACCUCCAACUAUUACUCUCCCUUCUAUAAACGAUCAGUUUUCCUCAAAUUCUCCAAUAAAUUUGAUCAAUUCUCAUAACUAUAACCAACCUCUACCCCCACUCCAUCAGAUUAAAAGCACUGUUCCUACUUUGCCUCCAUUAAAUUAUAAUCAUCCCUACGAUAAUUUCUAUCUUCCGCAAAACUACACUAACAAUAAUAAUAACGCUAAUAUGACUUUUAUAAACAAUAACUAUCCUCCAUCAAUCCCUUCACCUCAUCUUAAUCAUAACUUUCCACCUCACCUGCAACCUCAAAAUAUUCCUCCUCCAAACCCACGUCAGCAUGAUUAUUAUAACAAUCGUAACCAAAAUUACAACAACACUCAUCACUAUCAUCAUCCAUCAGUUCCUCCAUCAGCUCCACCAUAUUAUAACCAAAAUUCACAAAUACCCCCAGGCUAUAAUAGGAAUUAUAAUUACAAUUACGAUUAUGAUUACUAUAACAUGCAAAACCAAAGACCUUAUGAUCCAAUGUAUGAUCAAUACAGCUCAUAUCUGCAAAAUUUACCUCCUCAAGCUCAACAUUUUUACAACAGAGGUCCUCAAUAUCACUCCUCCCAAAAUUUUAAUCAAAUUAACAAGCCUUCUCCAAUUAUAUAUCCUCCUCCACCACCUUCACCUUCACCCAACUAUCCUAUUUCUUCAAAUUCUAGGCAAUUUACCUCUCCGUUGCCUCCAGCAAACCCUCCACAUUAUUAUCAAAAUCAAAAUAAUUACGAUCAGUAUCCUUAUCCACCAAUCUCAAAACCACCAAUACCUCCAAGCAAACAUGUUAGAAACGAUUUCGAUAAUCAGCUAUUGGGUGCUUUAAAUAAAUCAUCUUUCAAAUAAUUAAUUUACCCUUUGUGUUUUUUUUUCAAUUUAUUUUUAACUCUUUUAUUAUGUAGUAUAAUUGAAUUUUCAUUCAUUCAUAUUUUUAGUCCUAGUCUUACAUUCUUGAGUUUUUACAUUUCAAAAAGAAAGCAAUUCUUUGGAAUUCUAUCAAUUUACGAUGUUUACAACAA